CGAAUCGGCUUAAAAUAAGUGUUUUACUUUGCCACCCGCCAACAUUCUAAUAUAAUUGUGGUAUUAGCGAUCAAAUAUUCGUGAUAUUUGUGACUUAAUACAAUUGUGGAAAUUUGCGCUUAAAAUUAAUUUACAUUGCGGAGUGCCAUUUGCUAAGCUGUUAUGCCUGACUUGCGGAACUUUGAUGGUGCAGUUAUUGAUGAUAGCGUGAUCCCGUUUACCGGUGCACAUACCAACUACGUGGAAACACCUCUUAAUGUGGAUAACGCAAUAACUGGGACACAGUCUUCAAUACUAAGCGUGGAUAUGGCUAUGAAUCAACCACCAACAUAUGCGGGCAUGCCUAAGGAACAUAACCACGUGGGGCUCUAUAACAAACUGCCUUCAGUUGUUGGUGGACCCCAAAUGAACUCUACAUUUGCUCAUUCAUCCGCACGCGUGUUUGGUCAGAGCCAGCACGUACCAAUGAGUUCAGUUUAUACGUCCACUUAUGGAGGAAACGCCUUUCAAAACGCGCAACUACCUCGCGUCACAUCUUUGGCUAAUGGAGAUGGGUGCAGUGCUGCCGCACAAUAUAACCCCUUCUCUCCUGCACGCAACUAUUUCGGGCAACCACAUGGAGGUUUUGCGCCCAUCAACGAUAGUACAUGGAGGCAGGUUCAGAAUAGUUCUGACGUGAGUUUAAACCCAUCACAUAUAGCGUCUAGACAGGCGAUAAGCAAAGAUUUGCCACCUUUCUCCGGAAGGCCAGAAGAAUGGCCAUUGUUUAUAACAAACUAUGAACAGUCAACAGAACGCUGCGGGUUUUCUGAACAAGAAAACUUAAUACGAUUACAAAAAUCACUGCGCGGUGCCGCUCUUGAAGCUGUUCGAGGAAAAUUGAUGAUGCCAUCUACAGUUCAUCUAGCCAUCGAAACUCUUCGUAUGCUUUUCGGGAGGCCAGACGUUAUACAUAACACCCUACAACGGAAAUUGAGACAGAUGCCAGCAGUGAGGACCGAUCGACUGAAUACCCUUAUCGAUCUCGCGUUGGGUGUACAAAAGUAUAGAGCAACCAUCUCAACAAUUCUAUGCUUAUCAAUGAGUUGCUGA